GACGACGUAUGAGGGACCGUGGUGACUACGAAGAGCAGUGGGCUGACGAUUCCUCCGUCUUGACGAGCCCCAAAGAUAUGUUGUGUUUUCAAACAAAAAUGGUGGAUUUAGAGGGUUGCAAACCAUACUCUCCGGUGAAACGUUCCAGACAAGAUACCGAGAGUGAUAUUACGAACAUCAGUCAGCAUACAAAUUCUGUUAGUAGUCAAGAAAGUCAACAAGGGAGUCUUUCCAGUCCCGAGACCCAAGGAGAUAGCGGGCAGACGUCUCCUCAUUCUUUGGCAUCUGAGUCUCCCAGUUUGCCACCAACUCUCACUACAAAUGGUGUCCUAGGUUCUAUGGCAAGUCCCAAUGAUUCGCCGUCGUAUAAUUCGACAUCGACUUGGGGAAUGUGUAGCAAUGAACCUUCAGUGAAAGUAGAGCAUUUGGCCGGCCCAGACGGAUCCCACUUAGAUUCUGGAUACCCCACAACAGAUUCUUUAGCAAAUUACACAGGUGAUAUAAGCCCAGGAAAAGGAGCAGCAGCACUGGAUUUUACUGGUUCCUAUCCAUCAUCCUAUUACAGCAGCAGCAUGCAAGCCUAUCCACAAUUUGGAGCUCAAAACUCAGCGUAUUCAAUGCAAGCCGCAUCUAAUUUUUACAAUCAAGCCAGUCAAGCCACGGCGUACGGAGUCCUAUCGCAAUCUUAUGGAGUAUCAGGAGGUCGUGGUUUGAGUCAAAAUGGAAAAAGUAACAGCAAUAGCCUACCACAAAGUGCGUAUCUAAAUCCAUACAGUUCGCAUUUCCCAGCUGGAAACGGCACACAAACAUCACAGAAUCCUUAUUCUUACGGUGGUGCUUACACAACUGGGGGAUUUCCUAGCAAUGCAACAAACGCCCAAUCCUAUUCUUCUCAACAAGGUGUUGACUACAGUUCAUAUGGUGGCUACAGUCAAAGUGGAUACUCUUACUAUGCCACUCAAGGUUACAACAGCUACAUGCCUUCAACGAACAGUGCGUCGCCGUUGGCGCUAUCUGCUUCAGCCAAUGUUCCAACAACAGCAACUUACCAACUGUCACAACUUCCACCUUGUUCUACAACAGAUGUUUCUCAAUAUGUACUUGACAAUAACCACUCCACAUCACCAGUGAAACUAGAAACAAGCAACGGUGCAACGAAGAAAGGCGGGAAAUCAGGCAAAGGACGAGGUAGAAGACUAAACAAUCCAAGUCCGGAUCCAGAGAAUAACCUAGAAAGGGUGUUCGUCUGGGAUUUGGACGAGACCAUUAUUAUAUUCCAUUCACUUCUAACAGGUUCCUAUGCCACUCGCUACGGAAAGGAUGCACCCCUUUCAGUACGGUUAGGACUUGGAAUGGAAGAAAAAAUUUUUAAUUUAGCUGAUACGCAUUUUUUCUUCAAUGACCUCGAGGAAUGUGAUCAAGUUCAUAUUGAUGAUGUAUCUUCGGACGACAAUGGCCAAGAUUUAACGAAUUACAAUUUCCAAGCGGACGGCUUCCAUGCCGCUGCCACCAAUGCCAGUCUUUGCCUGGCAACAGGAGUGAGAGGGGGUGUUGACUGGAUGCGAAAGCUGGCCUUUAGGUAUCGAAGGAUCAAGGAAAUAUACAACCAGUAUCGAAAUAAUGUUGGAGCACUCUUAGGUCCAGUAAAACGAGAAGAGUGGAUUCAACUGCGGUCAGAGAUCGAAAAUCUUACGGACAAUUGGGUGACACUGGCGCUCAAAUGCCUAUCUAUCAUUCAUUCCAGGUCCACUUGUGUCAAUGUAUUGGUAACAACGACACAGCUAGUUCCAGCUUUAGCCAAAGUUCUCCUUUACAACCUCGGUGGCGUCUUCUCUAUAGAAAAUAUAUAUAGCGCGACCAAAACAGGCAAGGAUACGUGCUUUGAACGCAUAGUGUCCAGGUUUAGCAGAAAAUGCACCUACGUCGUCAUCGGAGACGGGAGAGAUGAAGAACAUGCAGCCAAACAGAUGAAUUUCCCUUUUUGGAGAGUUAGCACUCACUCAGAUUUGGCCGCCUUGCACCAUGCCUUGGAUUUAGGACAUUUGUGAAUACAUCUACACGACUUCUGCAGGCUAAUCCAAAAUGUUUUUUCAUCUCACCAUUCACCGGUGGAAGAUUCUAAUCCAAUUCCUGCAAAGUUUUGAGUGUACUUUAACUGCUACGAGAAAGACACCAAUAAUGCUUUGUAUAUAGAUUAUGAGAUAGACGAUAAUCAUGUCAAGGACUGGUGGGUGCAAUAGAACUUUAAAUUCGGACAUCAGUGACUGUGAGUUAAGAAAAGAUUCGCUUAUCUUUUAUCAUUCCAAGGUCAAAGAUACAUUGAGUUGAACAAGAUACUAGGGUGUCAGCGUCUCCAUGCGACGUUGUGUACUGUGAUGUCAAAGUUUGUUUUGUAACUGAUGAGGGUGGAAUAUGCGAUGCACAAAUUUCUGAACUUUAUAACUGACUUGAUUGGUUUCAAAAUUGGACAAGCCAGACAGAGUUCUGCAUCUGUUAUGUGAUUUUGAUUACUAAUGAGAAUUGUAAAAUACUGUUGGAUAAAAAUGGCUUUCAGUUCCUGCAGAGCUAUGCACCAUUAUGGAAAGUUUUGAAAAUAUUUUUUAGAUGAUUGCCACCAUGUCAUUCAGUUCUACUAUCUCAAUGAUAGUGGAUGCUUUAUAUAAUUACUAUGUGUAUAGAUCGGAAGGAUAUUCCGGACACUUUAACUUUUUACAAUAGGGCAAAGUUUAUAUACUCCAACAAGGUGAAUGUGUUUUAUGUGUAAAAAUAUUGGAAGCGAGAAAAUUGAUUGUAGAAUCUUAGUAAGAGGAUCGGUUAAUCAUUGAAAUAUAUGUGGAGUAUCAAAAUUUGCCCAAUUAUGUCCGAGUAAUUAAUUGUGCUUAUGAAGACAACGUAAUAUUUCCUUACAUGUCUCAAAAAAUCUCAUUUUUGUACGUGUAAAAAAACAAGAAACCGACGAAAAUGAUUAUUUUUAAUUGCAUUUUCACAGAUAUGGACUGUUUUUAUAAUUUACUAGUUUUACUUUUUAGCAGUUAACUAAUUCCAGUGACUUCACUCAAUUGCACUUUGACAUUUUUUGAAAAAUAUCAAUGCCUCCGAUUUAACAUACCUAUGUUUAAGUAGCAAAAACAUUAGAAAUAAUAACUGAAAUAAUGUUAAAAGAUUAGAAUUUAAGCGUUCAAUACUCUCAUUCUGAACUUCAUAUUAAAAUUAAGUCCAACCACGUAACCAUUAAAUUUAGGAUUAUAGCUCUAAACUAUUUACGGGGAGUCGGUACCUUGUAUACGCGUGAUGAUAAAUUGCUUAACUUUAGGCACCUUUUUCUCAAAAAAAUUAAAUGAAAUGAGCUUAAAUUUUCAGUUUUUUUCCAAGAGAUAUAUAAAUUUUCAGUUUUUUUCCAAGAGAUAUAUAAGAGUCUAUUGAAGUGAAAUUUUAGGGUAUUUCUGUUCAUUUCAUAAUGUAUUAAAAUUUAAUCAAUAAACACUUUUUAAACGAAGACAAAAACACCAUUGUUGACCAUAAAAAUGCGGUUUAAGAAAAAGCAAAAAUUUAAUUUCAGUAUAAUUAUGAGCAUAUAAAUAAAAUAUGCUGCAAAUUUCAAAGUAUUAUGUAAAGUAGUUUUCUAAGAAAAGGAACGUCAGAUUUUUAAAUUGACGUUUCGAGAAAAUCGCGUUUGAAAGUGAAAUUUUACGUACAUUUUAAAGCAUCCUUGUUCAAUUUAUAUUUAAAUUGAGUUACUUUUAAUCUACAUAGAAACAUGAAUUUUGUGUUACUUGAAAGCUCUAGAUUUGAACAUUUUAAUACAUAAAAACGGAAAAGUAUCUUUUUUUAAGGUGUUAGGGUACAAACUUCCCUUAAUUACUUUUUUGCAUAAAUAUCUGUUGUAUUUAUCUACAGUUAUUAUUAUAGCAUGUAAAUAGUAAAAAAAAAAAAAACG